CAUGCUAUUUACAUCUAAAACGUGAGCAUUUUUGUUGAAGAAAAGGCAUUGCCAUGAACAGUGUACCACUUUCUUGGAGUCUCUGUAAAUCCUGCUGGUAGGAUACACACUGAGUAUAUAUUUUGCUUCAAAGACUACCAAGGAAAACUGUUUUGCGAAUGGGAUGAAUAUGCAGCCACUGACUACUUAUCAACUACAAUUUAGUGACUGAUUAACGAGCUGGAGCACUUAACUAGUGAUGUUUCCGUUCUCACAUUAUCCCAUUUGAGUUUGCUUGUCUUGAUUUUAAAAAAAAAUUCAAAGUGGAGUACCGUAAACUUGAUAUGGAUGGUAAAAAGAAAGACAAGGACAAACCAGAUGAUAGAAUGGCACGACCUAGUGGGCGUUCAGGUCACAAUCCACGUGGCACUGGAUCUUCGAACUCUGGAGUGUUAAUGGUUGGACCUAACUUUAGAGUUGGCAAAAAAAUUGGAUGUGGUAAUUUUGGAGAACUACGAUUAGGAAAAAAUUUGUACACAAAUGAAUAUGUGGCAAUUAAGCUGGAGCCAAUGAAGUCCAGAGCACCACAGCUACAUUUGGAAUACAGAUUCUACAAGCAAUUAGGAUCUGGAGACGGUAUACCUCAGGUUUACUAUUUUGGACCUUGUGGCAAAUACAAUGCCAUGGUGCUAGAACUACUGGGACCUAGCUUGGAAGACCUAUUUGACCUGUGUGAUAGGACGUUUUCUCUUAAAACCGUUCUUAUGAUAGCUAUACAGCUGAUUUCUCGUAUGGAAUAUGUCCAUUCAAAGAACUUGAUAUACAGAGAUGUAAAACCUGAGAACUUCUUGAUAGGACGACCAGGAAACAAAACCCAGCAAAUUAUUCAUAUUAUAGAUUUUGGUUUGGCAAAGGAGUAUAUAGAUCCAGAAACAAAGAAGCACAUACCAUAUCGAGAACACAAGAGCCUAACAGGAACAGCCAGAUACAUGAGUAUAAACACACAUUUAGGAAAAGAACAAAGUAGAAGAGAUGAUUUGGAAGCUUUAGGACAUAUGUUUAUGUAUUUUCUCAGAGGGAGCCUUCCAUGGCAAGGUUUAAAGGCUGAUACAUUAAAAGAACGUUAUCAGAAAAUUGGAGACACAAAACGAGCAACACCUGUCGAAGUAUUGUGCGAAAACUUUCCAGAGGAAAUGGCUACAUAUCUGCGUUAUGUAAGAAGGCUAGAUUUUUUUGAAAAACCAGACUAUGACUACUUAAGAAAACUCUUUACAGACUUAUUUGAUCGGAAGGGCUAUAUGUUUGAUUAUGAAUAUGACUGGAUUGGGAAACAGCUGCCUACUCCAGUGGGCUCAAUUCAUUCGGACCCCGCACUGUCAUCAAACAGAGAAGCACAUCAGCACAGAGAUAAGAUGCAACAAUCCAAAAAUCAGUCGGCAGACCACAGGGCAGCUUGGGACUCCCAGCAGGCAAACCCCCAUCACUUGAGAGCUCACCUUGCAGCUGACAGACAUGGUGGCUCGGUACAGGUAUGUGCGCACCCAUUUGCACAGUUGUCGGAGACUUUUGCCUUAGCGGUAUCCAUAAGUCGGCUGUGGUGCCCUCUGGAGUGCAGCGCUCAUGAUCCUUCUUACCACCCGCAAGUGGUCAGCGGUUUCCUUUCUUCACUUCAUGUAUUGCAACUGUAAAUAGUUUCGUUUACUGUAGUUAGUUAGUAAUUUAGGGUCCUGGCAGGGACUUUGCCCCCGGCAGGGCAUGCCCCAGUCUCUGGGUUUUAAGUCCUGCACUGACUGUAAUAGGCCUAUUCCUGUUAGUGACCCCCAUGGCAGCUGUCUGAAGUACUUAGGGCAAUCUCAUGUAAAAGAAAAGUGUUGCAUCUGUAAGAACUUUCAUCCUAGGACACAGAAAGAGCGCAACAUCCAUUUGAGAGCCCUCCUCUUGGAGGCUGCUCUCCAGCUGGCCUCGGAGCUGGCGCAGGGCUUUACCCAGCACUAUUCCCCUUCACUAGUGCCCAAAAAGAAUUCGAAAAAGUGGGACGCGGCACUGAGCAAGAAGGACCAAGGGGCAUCAGGAAAGGACCCUGUUCAGGCUGCCCGUCCACCCCAGAGCCACGUGGGGACACAUCCCCUAGGGGACCUCCUACCCCUCCCCAACUCCUUCACACCCCCCAAGGGAUCCAUCACCAACUCCAGGGAGCAGUAAGGGACCCAGACUUAUGGCAGAGUCAAUGCCUUCACAGUGCCUAGAGAGUAAAAGACUCUCCCAGCGCAGCCAGCACUGCGUGCUGUGAUGGACCUGGCAAAGGCUCCCUACGAGGGCAAGCCAUCUGUGAAAGCUUCCCAGAAGGUGAGUGGACGCCGCCGGCCUCUGGAGCCGAGGCAGAGCAAUUUGUCGCCGCACCCCUGGUUUCUGCAUCAGCAUAGGUCGCCUCAGUUCGCUGGCACUGCGCUCCUGGUCUCUGCCCUCUCGUCGAGAUUCACCCAGAGGGAGGCAUUGGUCACCGUAUGAUUGGCACUGGUCUUCCUCCCGCCGACUCUUUCCACGAUGUCAAUCGCCAUCAUCUAGAUCAUGGGAACAUUCCCGAACACUGUGUUGUUCCCCCUGCUCCCAGCACUGAUCCACCUUUUCAAGGGACUGUUCACCCACAGUGACAGUUAGCCUCCAGACUCAGGCGUUGAUGGUCCCGCCGUGGUCACUGGAGGCGGGAUCCCUCCAGCACGAAGAGGGAGUUCAGCCCCUCGCCAAGACAGCACCGUGGUGACUGGGCUCCUGAGGCUGCGUCCAUCUCCGUGAUGCUAUCCUGGCAGCAGGCCAGUGGCCAGUGGUUAUGCCGAUGCCCCCUUCACACCAAUCGUCAAUCCCCGCUUCAGACAAGCAUCAGACAUCACCGGGCUCGGUACGCAAAGUGCAAAUGGACGCUGUGGUGGGUGGAAGGGCCGGUGCCCACCAUGAGACCCUCUUCCCCCAUGGUGAAUGAUGCCUAGGCCCUCUCCCAGUCCAGAUGAGGCUGUGGUGGGACCCUCUCGUGCUAGCCCACCGGACGAUUUUAAGAAGCACCAAGCCCUGCUCCAAAGGAUGGCCAUAACUUAGGCCUAGAGGUGGAAGAGAUGGUGGAGCAAUCAGACACUUGAUUUAACGUACUUGUGAUGGGUUGGGCCCCCCUUCUGGGGUGCCACCUGUUGUGCUGGGGAUCCACUGAGCCUGUCCAUUCCACCAGCCUGGGCUCCCUCAUCCUGUCCUGCUGCACGUACACAUACAGGUAUGGACAUAGAAUCUCACAGUCUGCAGUCAUAACUGUUGUUCUUUGAGAUGUGUUGUUCAUGUCCAUUCCAUUACCCGCCCUCCUAUCCCUCUGUUGGAGUUGCCAGCAAGAAGGAACUGAGAGGGCAUAGGGCUGGUGGUGCCUGAUAUACAAAUGCAUGAGCGCAGCACUCCAGAGUGCGCCACAGCCAACCCUAUGGAUACUGUUAAGGCAAAAGUCUCUGACAACUGUGCACGUGGCGUGCACACACCUAGAAUGGAAUGGACAUGAGCAACGCAUCUCAAAGAACAAUAGUUAUGAAAGGUAGGUAAUAGUUUUUCAUACUGCAAGAAAUUUUUCUCCUCCAGAAUAUCUAAUGAUAGAGAAUUUUUAAUUGUUAUUUCAAUUUUUUUAAAAAACAGGAGCAUGCAGCGAGCAAGAAUUCUAUGAACUAUAGCUUUUUUGCUGCAUCCCUAACUUAAUCUGAAAUAAAAAUUUUCUGCAUAGUGAAUGAUGACAGCUAAAUGUUAGCAGGAAAGUAAAUUAAUGAAUCAGCAUUGAUACUUUAAAUCAGCUGUGUGUUGAAUCAUCAGUUUAAAAGUAGGUUGCUAUAUUCUGUCUGCAGAAAAUCUUCAUUUUAGUUCACAUAAGAGUGCCAAGUUCUGUUCCUUUGAGAUUCCUGAUUCAUUACUGUAGGUUACGUCUCAGCCACACAACAUCCCACUGUGAUCCCAUUAAUAUUAAGUAACACUGAAAGUUCAUUGGUCCUAAGUGUGUGCUUUAAAGGAGUUUUUAUAUAGGUGUAUAUACAACAUGAGUGCAUAUGUGUACACUCCAAAUACUAUUGUAAAGUCAACUUUUUAUGUGUAAUUUCCAUGUAAGAAACAGGGAGUUUGAAAACAAAAAUAAUGUUAGAUGUUACUAAAGGGUUUGGGCAAGUCUACCCGUUAAUUAUGAUUAUGGUUUUGUAUUUUUUAAAGAACCCAAAAACCUUUUGGACGUGCUAGCUAGGGAAAUUAAUAUAUUUUUGUUGUUUAGUCUUACUUUGUAGCUUCACUUCACAUUAAAGUCAGCUAGUAAUUUGAUCUAUGAAGGAAAAAUCCUUCGCUUUCUGAAAUAAUCCAGUCAUUCCUCCACCAGUAUAUGUGAAAAAGGCUGAAUCUGUGACAGUCUGUUUUCUUCUUCUUUAUAACUUCAUUAGUGGAAAGCAACCUAUUGUACAUUGCUUCAAUUCAUUAGUUAACCUCGUACGUCCUUGCUUCAUAAAAGUUUGUGUCGGUUCCCGAAAAUGUCAGCUGAAUAGCUGAUUGAUUGUUUCCUUCUCUUCUUGGAUUACUAACACUAAAUGCACUUGUAAAGACCUUAUUAAGCUGUUCAUGAUUUUUUUGUUAAGCAUUCAGUGUGUCCAGUUAGCUAAAAGACCUGCUUCUUAUUGCUGGAAUUUCAUUACAUGUAAGAACAUAAGAAUGGCCACACUGCAUCAUACCAAUGGUCCAUCUAACCCAGUAUCCUGUCUCCAAACAAUGGCCAGUGCCCAUGCUUUAAAGGGAACGAACAGAAUAGGCAAUAAUCAAGUGAUCCAUCCCCUGUUGUCCCAGCAUCUGGCAGUUAGAGGCCUACGGACACCCAGCACAUGGGGUUGCAUCCCUGUCCAUCUUGACUAAUAGCAGUUGAUGGACCUGUCCUUCAUGAACUUAUUUAAUUCUUUUAUUGAAUCCAGGUGUAGUUUUGGCCUUCACAACAUCUCCUGGCAAUGAGUUCCACAAGUUGACUGUGCUUGUGUGAAGAAGUACUUCUUUUUGUUUGUUUCAAACCUGCUGCCUGUUACUUUCAUUGUGUGACCCCCUGGUUCUUGUGUUUUGUGAAGGGGGUAAAUAACACUUCACUUACUCCACAACAUGAUUUUGUAGACCUACAUCAUAUUCUCCCCCCUUAGUCAUCUUUUUUUUUUUUUCCAGUCUGAAUAGUCCCAGUCUUUUAAACUCUCCUUGUAUGGAAGCUGUUCCAUAUACCUAUUUUGUUGCCCUUCUCUGUACCUUUUCCAUUUCUAAUGUAUCUUUUUUUUGAGAUGGGGUGACCAGAACUGUGUGCAGUAUUACAAGUGUAGGCAUGCCAUGAAUUUAUAUAGUGGCAUUAGGAUAUUUUCUGUAUUAUUACCUAUCUCUUUCCCAAAGGUUCCUAACAUUGUUAGCUUUUUUUGACUGCUGCUGUUUUGAGAGAACUAGCCACAAAGGCUCCAGGGUCCCUUUCUGAAAAUCCAAGUACACUGUGUCAACUGGACUACCUUUGUCCACAUGUUUGUUGACCCCCUCAAAGCAUUUUAAUAGAUUGGUGAGGCAUGAUUUUCCUUUACAAAAGCCGUGUUGACUCUUCCCCAACAAAUCAUGUUCUUCUGUGUGUCUGAUAAUUCUGUUCUUUACUAUAAUUUCAGCUAGUUUGCCUGAUUCUGAAGUUAGGCUUACUGGGCUGUAAUUACCAGGGUCACCUCUGGAG